AUGACCAUCUCUACCGAACUCUUGAACGGCAACGCGAAGAAGCAGGGAAAGACUUUUGAUGUCGAUGCGGUCCUUGAAAAGUUGAACGUGUCGGAGAAGAUCGCCUUGCUCGCUGGCGCUGACAUGUGGCAUACGGCGGGAUUCCCCGCCAAGGGAGUGCCCUCAGUCCGUCUCUCUGACGGACCGAACGGGGUGCGAGGGACUUUGUUCACGAACGGUACUCCCUCCAACGCUUACCCUUGCGCGCUGGGUAUCGCCUCGGCCUGGGACGACAAACACGCAGCCGAAAUAGGACACUAUCUCGCGGACGAAGCCAAGGCCAAGAAUGUGCACGUCGUCUUGGGUCCUACACUCAACAUGCAGCGAUCUCCUUUGGGAGGUAGGGGUUUCGAGGCGUUCUCCGAAGAUCCAGUAUUGUGCGGACAAGUCGCGGGGGCAUACGUGAAGGGUAUGCAAGCCAAUGGAGCCGCGGCUACUCCCAAGCACUUUGUCUGUAACGACCAGGAGUUUGAGAGGCAGUCGAGUGACAGUAUCGUCCCGAUGCGCGCCGUCCGCGAAAUCUACCUCGAGCCCUUCCGAAUCAUGCAAAAGAUUGGGAACCCUCGAGCCUACAUGACGGGAUAUAACCGUCUAAACGGGCUCCACGUCUCGGAAAAUCACUGGCUCUUGACUCAAGUGCUCAGGGAAGAGUGGGGCUUCGACGGCUGCCCGGAUCGGGAACGCGAGGCCCAGCAAAUCGCUAACGAAGCGUAUCGUCUACGCGCGAACCUCACUAGGACUGGCGUCUAUAGUACCGACAUCAGCAUCAAGGCUGGAAUGGACCUAGAGAUGCCUGGCCCGGGUGUGUUUCGAGGCGAUCAGAUCCGUCGCCAGAUGAGCGCUGGCAAGUUGGCAGAGUACGACCUGGACCUAUGCGUCAAGAGCGUCCUCAAGCUCGCGAAAUUCGCCGUCGAAUCUGGCCGAUCAUUCGAGACUGGCGAGACCUCUGUCGACGGCGAUGACGUCAAGGCGUUCAUGCGCCGGGCUGCCGGCGAGGCCCAGGUCCUCCUAAAGAACGAGAACAACCUGCUGCCCAUCCAGCAAGGCCCGAAGAAGAUCGCCGUGUUUGGCCAAAACGCCUCUCAGCCGGUGGCGACUGGUGGUGGCUCCGCCACGGUGAAGUCGGCCUACGUCGUCAGUCCCUUGGACGCCAUCACUCAGGCUGCCAAGGAGAUCGGAGCCGAGGUCGAGUACAACCUCGGUGCGGGCGUUCACUUGCAUCUUCCCCCCGCCAAGAAGUACUUCCAACCGAAAGAAGCAGGUGGCCAGCGGGCGACCUUGGAGUUUUGGCUGCCUCCCAACAGCCCUGGAGAUGAUUGGCUCAGCGAUGCUGCCAAUGUAGCUCCAUCUUCGGCACCCGAUCACACGUCUGGACAAGACGAUUCCUUCCUCAUGCUUCUCGAUGGCGAUUUCAUGCAGAUGGCUGUCGCCGAUCAAUGUCACCGCUACACGACUACCUUCGUCCCCGACGAGUCCGGCGACUGGGACAUCGGCAUGGCUACCUGCGGGAACGCCAACCUUUACUUUGACGGCAAAUUGCUCAUCGAGAACAACGAAAACUACAAACAGGGUGAACUCUUCUUCACCAUGGGAUCCGAAGAGAGGCGGGUCGUGGUCAAGGACCUCGUAAAGGGCCAGGCCUACCCCAUCGAAGUGCGAGGCAAAUUCAAGUACGGUCUAGGUUUCAUGCAAUUGCCCUUUGGAGUCCAACUUGGCGCCCAGAAGAUCGUCGACCCGCAAGACAUGAUUCGCGCUUCUGCCAAGUUGGCCUCUGCUAGUGAUCUCGCGAUCGUCAUCGUGGGGGUUACGGGAGAGUUCGAGACCGAAGGAUUCGACCGAAAGACUUUGGACCUUCCGGGAGCGCAAGACGACUUGGUGAAAGCCGUCCUCGCCGCCAACCCGAACACGAUAGUGGUUACCCAGACCGGCAUGCCCGUCGCUAUGCCUUGGCUCGAUCAAGCGCACACUCUCGUUCAGUCCUUUCACGGUGGUAACGAAGUCGGCAACGGUAUUGCCGAUGUCUUGUUCGGCAAGGUCAACCCGUCUGGACGUUUGCCAGUGACAUUCCCCAAACGACUCAUCGACGUUCCCGCCACGCUCGGCUUUGGAAACCAGACUGCCAACCCCGGACGAGUCAUUUAUAACGAAGGUGUUCACAAUCGUGUCACACAGGUUGGAUACCGAUACUACGAGUCGUUCGACGUUCCCGUCGCCUUUUCCUUUGGCCAUGGAUUGUCGUACACCACCUUCGAGCACUCGAACCUCAAAGUCUCGCCCAUCUCUUCCGAAGGCGAGUUCGAGGUUACAAUCGACGUCAAGAACACGGGUGACCUGGCCGGCAAGGAAGUCGUCCAGGUGUACGUCAAGGACUUGGUCUCUUCCUCGGUCCGACCCGCGCUCGAGUUGAAGGGCUACAGCAAGCUCAGCCUCGAGCCUGGUCAGACCAAGACCGCAUCUGUCAAGCUCGACAAGCACGCCUUGAAGUUCUUUGACGAGAGGCGGGACUGGUGGGUCGCCGAAAAGGGAGAGUUUGAGAUCCUGGUAGGCUCUACGUUGCAGAGCGCAAAGGAGUCCAAGCACAAGGCGGUGGCCGAACCGGUAUUGAUGAGAUUGCCUGACAGCCGCCUUUGCGGGCAUAAGACUGUUGCACGUCGCCUUUCCUACGUUAUGAAGGCAUGCCUCCUGUCGAGGAAGUCGGUGGACCGAGAAGCGCGUCGCCUCCCUCCUCCUCCCUCCCUUCCCCGGCGGUCGAGGCCGACCUCGGCACAUGAAGUAGACCCUGACCUUCGCAGAGAUUCGACAAGUCGAUCCGGUUCUCUGCUUCGCCAACGCAACAACCCACAAGGUCAGACAGCAACAUUUACAACGAUGUCGGGAUCGUAUCAGCCGGCUGUCGGGAUCUUUCCAACGACGUCUGUCAGGGACGCAGCGGAAUCUCUGGCCAUAGACAAGAUAUCGGAAGAGACAUGCCAGGCUAUCGCUGGGGACGUCGAGUAUAGGCUCAACCUGAUCAUCCAAGAAGCCCACAAGUUUAUGCGUCAUGCAAAGAGGACGACUAUGAUGCCAGAGGAUAUCGACUAUGCGUUGCAAGCUCUGAACGUGCAGCCCAUCCUCCAUCCUCCCAAACCGCUCUACAAGCCGGCUUUCCAGCCAGUCUAUCCUCCCGAGACCGCAAUCACCGCUUCAAAUCCUCAACUGUAUUACCUGAAAGACGAAGAGAUCGACCUAGCUACCUUUCUCAAAAACGCACAUACGACACCGGCGAGAGCGACCGUAGGAGGAGAGGCGGGUGUGAGGUGGAAGGCCCAUUGGCUGGCGGUGGAGGGGAUACAGCCGUUGACCAAGGAGAACCCUAUCUCUCAGAUCAACAACUCGUCCGUCGCGGCUCAGGCCGCAUCCAAGCAAUCGUCCGCCGCGCGACCAACAGCUACGGGAGUCGAGUCGUUGGCCAGAUCGCAUCUCUCUCAAGAAUUUCAAUUGCUCUUCCGUCGACUUACAGAAGGCCUGGUACCAGACCCAGCGCUCGCCACGGUAUCCGCUAUCCCGUCAACGCCGAGCACGGAAAUCCCUCCACCAUCCGCUGGACCUUCACGACCCUCAGCUGCUGGAAGCCAGAAUCAAGUCACGUUAUCGGAAUCAGAGAGGAUCCGCAGCGCAUCGCUCGCAACCUUGUCCCUGGACCCUUCGUUGUCGGACCUGGUUCCCUACCUGGUCCGAUGGCUGAGCGAGAACAUCAGCUCGAGCGUCUCGGCAGGAAAGGAAGGUCGAUCUACGGUAGAAUUAGGGUAUUUGGUGGAUGCGCUCGUCGCUCUGGUCAAGAAUCCGGCGUUGUUCAUCGAACCAUAUCUGCAUCAACUCCUGCCCCCGAUACUCUCCAUCUUGCUCUCCAUUCCACUCGGUCGAAGCAACAGCGCCACCAAAGAAAAAGUUACCGCUAAAUCCGUCCGCACAAAAGCAGCUGAACUGCUUGGUUCGCUCAUCUCCUCAUUUUCCGCGGAUUACGAGACGCUCAUGCCCCGUGUCGCUCGCACAUUGACUCGAGCUUUGGCUUCUCCAGCCAGUAUCAAAGCGCCUGUUCCAACCGGCCUGCUUGGCAAGCAAGAGAUGAUUUCUGCGGCUGGGCGUUACGAAGGAGCCUUGCUCGGGCUCGGCGCGAUGGGCAAGCAGACGGUGAUACAUGCAUUGCUGGGCAAUGGCGGGGAGCGGCUUCGCAUCCUAGGAGGAGAGGUGGACAAGUUGGCUGAAACUGAACGAGAGGGAGUGAUUUCCACUGCAGUCGAUGCCCUGACUAGACUUCAAUCCAAGUCUGAGCCUGAUGAUAUCGCCGUUGACAUCGAUGAGGAUGCUUUGAAAGCAUCCGUAGGGAACACGUUUGGAGCAGCGAUUGCACGAUCCAGCACCUUAGGCGAGGCCGUGCUACAGCAUCUGCAUAAGAGCGAUUGAGGGUUGCUGAACAUUGCACACUGUAUUAUCAAAUAACGACCAGACUACAACUUCGUUGUGGAAGCACCUUAUGUCAUGAACGUCCUAAUCCCACUC